AUGACUGAGAACAAGAAGGUCGCAGACCUCCAGAAGGACGUGAAGGAUUCGCACACCAAGCAGCACUACACUACCGACUAUGGCAUCAAGGCCUCUGAUCUUGACCAUUGGCUGAAGCCUGUAGACGAGAAGAACAACAGGAUCGGUCCUCACGCCCUCGAAGACCAGAUUGCCAGAGAACGGAUUCAUCGCUUUGAUCAUGAGCGCAUUCCUGAACGCGUCGUCCAUGCCCGGGGCGCAGCGGCACACGGAACUUUCAAGCUGUUUGAGAGUGCAGAAGACGUCACCUCAGCUGGAGUACUGACUGAUACUUCUCGCACCACGCCGGUUUUCGUUCGAUUCUCAACUGUCCAAGGCAGCCGAGGCAGUGCAGACACUGUCCGAGAUGUCAGAGGCUUCGCUGUCAAAUUCUAUACUGACGAAGGCAACUGGGAUAUUGUCGGAAACGAUAUCCCCGUCUUCUUCAUUCAGGAAUCCAUCAAGUUUCCCGACUUGAUCCAUGCUGUUAAGCCAGAGCCAGAUACUGAAGUCCCACAGGGCCAAAGCGCACACAACAACUUCUGGGAUUUCGUCUACCUGCACCCCGAGGCAACCCAUAUGUUCUUCUGGGCCAUGUCGGACCGGGGUAUUCCACGAUCCUAUCGCAUGAUGCAGGGUUUCGGCGUCAACACCUUCGGCUUAAUCAACGCCAAAGGUGAACGACAUUUCUGUAAAUUCCAUUGGCUCCCCGAGCUGGGUGUACACUCGUUGGUGUGGGACGAGGCCCUCAAACUGGCUGGCCAAGAUCCGGACUUUCACCGCAAGGAUCUCUAUGAAGCCAUCGAUAACAAGGCCUAUGCGAAGUGGAAGUUUGGCAUCCAAGUCAUUGCGGAGAAAGACGAAGACAAAUUCGACUUUGAUAUUUUGGACGCGACCAAGGUCUGGCCUGAAGAACUGGUUCCUAUUCGCUACAUCGGCGAAAUGGAGCUCAAUCGCAACGUUGACGAGUAUUUCACCGAGACCGAGCAAGUCGCCUUCUGCACCAGUCACAUUGUUCCUGGCAUCGACUUUACCAACGAUCCAUUGCUGCAGGGCCGCAACUUCUCCUACUUUGAUACCCAGAUUUCUCGUCUUGGGAUCAAUUGGGAAGAGCUUCCCAUCAAUCGCCCUGUUUGCCCAGUCAUGAACUUCAACCGUGAUGGUCAAGGGCGCCACACCAUCACCAAGGGCAAAGCCAACUACUGGCCCAAUCGAUUCGAAGCAAAUCCACCCACUGGUCCUGGAAAUGGAGGGUUUGAGUCGUACCCGGCACAAGUCGAAGGCAUGAAGCAACGCAAAUUGGCACCCAAGUGGAAAGACUACGUCUCCCAGGCCCAAUUGUUCUGGAACUCAAUGUCGGAGAUUGAGAAGAAGCAUAUCAUUAGUGCCUUCUCCUUCGAACUUGACCACUGCGAUGACCCCAUUGUCUAUGAACGUCUGGUGACACGCCUCACCGAGAUUGAUCUCUCUCUGGCGGCAGCCGUGGCCGAAAAUUCUGGCGCGCCAACUCCUACGAAGCAGGCCACGGCCAACCCUGGUCACAAAGCCAAGGGGCUCAGUCAGCUGGAGUAUCUGCCAGCGGAGCCAACCAUCAAGUCCAGACGCAUUGCCAUUCUGAUCGCCGACGGCUACGAUGCAGCGAGCUACGAUGCGAUCAAGGCGGCUGCGCUCGCGCAGUCAGCUGUGCCGUUCACCAUUGCGACGAAGCGCCAGGAAGUCAAGGCUUCCAACGGCACAUCUUCCGCCAAACCCGACCACUUUCUCAACGGCAUGCGCUCGACCAUGUUUGACGCCAUCUUUAUCCCUGGCGGCGCCGAGUCAGCCAAGACGCUUGCGGGUAUUGGCCUUGCCAAAUUCUGGGUUCGGGAGGCGUUUGCUCAUCUCAAGACCAUUGCUGCCGUUGGCGAAGGUGUAAAGCUUGUUGACGUUGCUCUCAGAGAGGCAGAGGGUGUCCAGCUGGCGGCCGAAGGGUCUUCUGACGUUGUGGACUGGUAUGGUGUCGUUACGGCACAGAAGCCAGAUACAGGAUCUUCUAUCAAGGAUAACGUGAAGCUGGUCAAAGAAGCCACGGACUUCACCAGCAAGUUCUUCUGGAACAUUUCGCAGCACAGAAACUGGGCUCGAGAAUUGGAUGGCCUUGCUGAUCAAGUCCCGGUCUGA